AUGUCUAACAACAUGGCCAAAAUCGCAGAGGCCCGAAAGACGGUGGAGCAGCUGAAACUGGAAGUAAACAUUGACCGCAUGAAGGUUUCCAAGGCAGCCGCUGACCUGUUGGCUUACUGUGAAGCCCAUGCCAAAGAAGAUCCACUGGUUACCCCGGUACCUUCUGCAGAGAACCCUUUCCGUGAGAAACGGCUCUUCUGCAUUGUGCUGUGAGCCUGGGAUGUUUGCAAAAUGAACAGCCGG